AUGCAAAAUAAAUUUAAGUUAAGAGAUCGAACAAAUAAGUUUACCUUCAUGUUUAAAUCUUAUUCAGGUGUGCAUUUGGGUUUUCUUUGCGUAAAUUUUUAUAUGAAGUGUCUAGGAAUAUAUCCAUUGCCAAGUACUGUCAGUAAAUUUUGGACGCGUGUGUACAACUUAUUAUGGUGCUUCUACUUGUCGAAUCAUUUGUUGAUAAUAUUUCCAACGUUCUACGCUUUCGGCUCGACUACUCAAGACAUAGCCGUAGCUACCUUUUCAUUGAUGGAAGGAUUAUGUAUGAUAGAGUGCAUUGUUCUCUUGAUACACUUUAAAUACCAAAGAUCUGAUUUUAAGAUUUUACUUUCGCUUGUACACCAUGAACUAAACAAAAAGAAGCGUAUAAUUACCUUGGACAAUGGCAAUGUCUAUAUAAUAGCGUUUGUACUUAUCGCUAUUAUGUAUGUUCUAAUAAUAUUCAAUUACAUACAAAGACCAGAAACAGUACGUUACCAUAAAUUAUUAACCACAGCUCGAUAUCCUUUUUCAACCAGAGCGGCUACCAUAAAAAUCAUACUUUCAUGUCAUCAAAUAGUCGUUCUUCUGCACAUGACUAUUAUACUUACUUCAGAUGGAUUAGCUGUACUGUUAACUCUUAUAUGCACUGUACGAUUAAAAAAUUUGGAAACGAAAAUAAGCAACGAAAAACGGGGGAAACUACCCAAGCGUAUUCGUGAGCAUCAACAGAUUUUAUUACAAGUCGAAGAAACAAACCUCAUCGUUCGAAUAAUCGUUAUAAAAACGGUUUUCUGCUUUAUGGUCUUCAGUAUAAGUACAGGAUUACAAAUAUUUCACAAAUUCGAGAUUAUUCAAAUUUUUAUUGUAAUGAUAGUUUUCUUAAGAUUUUACGUAAGCGCUGAAAGCGCUGAUAAUAUGGCCACAUGCGCAAACAAUUUGGGCAUCGCGGUAUAUUCUACAGCAUGGUACGAAGAAAAGACAAAGAUUAGGAUCGCGAAGACUAUAAUUAUACAAAGAUGUCAAAAAUCACCGCGAAUAUUUAUAACUGGAUUUAUGUCUGAGCUCAACAGAAAAUACUUUUUAGUCGUAGCAUACGCAACCUACUCGUACUUCACGAUGAUUCGGACUCUAAUAAGCAAGAACAAAUAG